AUGGAAGAAGAUAUGGUGGCAGAAGAUCAGCUCUGGGAUUUUACGGGUGUUGACCCCUACAAAUUGGGUUUUGACCUUUUGCUCUUAUUCUCUUCUCUGAGUUUAGUUCCAGGUGUUUCUGGUGCAGUGGCAACAACAGUACACAAUGAUCUCCUCAUUGAUGAUGAUGAUGUUGUUGAAGUUGGUAAAGGAAACGAUAGUCCAUGGCCUCAGGCAAAUGAGGCUCUUUUCACUACCCUUAUGGAUGAGGAGGUCAAAACCAUGAGUAAUAAACUAAAUGGGACAUUCACUAAACAAGCUUGGAGCAGGUUAAGGGAUCAAAUGAACGCAAAAAUCCAAUACCAGUAUAACGCACACCAGCUUCAGAACAAAUAUAAUCAACUGCAUAUUAUGUUCAACAAAUUUACAGCAUUACUGAAGCAUACCGGUGUUGGUUGGGAUAACCAACGACUUACUAUCACUGCAUCAGAUGACGUUUGGGAGGCCCAUUACAAGGUUAAUAGCCAUGCAAAGAGGUUCAGGAAGAAAGGGAUGGUUUACUACCAUGAGUUGUCUCGUAUCUUAGGAGACACAUCUACAAUUGGUCAUUUGGCUCACCUUUCCACCAAAUCACCUUCUAAAAGUAGUGCUAGUUUUGAUCCUAAAUUUAAGGUAAAUAAUGAGGACUUAGAUGCAUUGCAAAUUGGUACUGAUAAUGACAAUGGAAAUGGCCAAGGCAAGGGCAAGGGAAAGUGCAAGGGCAAGAGCAAAAUGACAGAUAGAAAGAGUAAGAAAAGGAGCUCUUUUCAAGCUAAUAUUUCUGAAGCACUUAAAGAAAUGAGUGAAAAUAGCAAGACGAAAGUGGACCUAAUGGAAAAACGAUUGACAAGUGCUUCAGUUACUAAUGUUGGUGAUGACAGUGGUUCAAUUGAAGGUGGCUCUACUGCCUCAUGUUCACUACUGAAAGAGUUUAUGGCAUUAUUGCAUGCUAUGGAGGAAAUUCCUGCACCUGCUUACACUAAAGCUGUGAACAAGCUUGCACAUAUCCCAUAA